CGCAACCAUAUCCGAUUGCGGUAGAGACGAAAUGUGGAAGGUCGUGCGGGCGUCGGAUCGCAUACUCGAAGACUCCCAAGAGUCUGAAGACGGCGACUUGCCAAGCAAGAAAAGGCAGAUCCCUACAAAGUUUGUGCACAAACUUCAGCGAUCAAAAGAGGAAAGAAUGAGAAGAAUGGAACGAAAUCAGAAUCCCGCCGUGCCUUUACGAGCCCUUCCUAAAGUCAACAUCAACGCUCGAUGGGAGAGCUUACAGACAAUGAUGGAGAUGAGCGACGUGGGAGUCUUCGAGUUUGAUCCAUGCGGCAAGCUUGUUCAAGCAAAUGAUGCGUGGUACAGACUGAGUAAUCACCCCAGAGAAAUGCCAGCUCAUGUGGAUUUCCAGUUCAUGGAUCUGGCAUAUCCUGUGAUCAUGUCUGCAUGGAACACGUUGGUUCAAGGAAGUCCAGUCACCUUUGAAAUGAGGUGGAAAGCACGGCCGGGAACCAAUAAACCAGCACAGUGGAUUCUUACGUCGAGUGUCCCGGUUUUCGACGAGAACAGGAGAUUGCUCAGCAUUGCUGGAAAUACUAUAGAUAUAAACGCACAAAAAACAACACAGCAAGAGGCACAAGCAAAGGUCGAAGCGUUAGAACAAGCCCGACUAUCCGAGAAUAAGUUUGCGCAAUUCGCGCAGCUUGCUCCCAUUGCCAUCUUCAUCCACAAACCGGGUAUGGGAUUGCAAUAUGUCAAUGACAAAUUUUUCGAAUUGGUUGGCAUUCAGCACAUCUCGCCUGAACACAUCGACUUCGCUAGGCUCGUGGUAGAUGACGAUUACGCCCAGCUAAAAGCCGAAUGGGCCAUGAUGAUGGACAAGAAAAAGUUAAACCAGGUUCAGUACCGACUGAAAAAGGAGUGGGUAAAUCAAGAACAAGUUCGGUCGUAUACAUGGGUGCAGAUGUCCAGUUAUCCCGAAUUGGAUGACGAAGGGAACGUUGCCAGUAUCAUGGGUACUAUGUUUGACAUCUCCAGAUUCAAAUGGGCCGAAAGUGUGCAGCGUCAACGCAUUGAAGAAGCACUUGAAGCCAAGCGACAGCAAGAAAAUUUCAUUGAUAUGACCUCUCACGAGCUACGGAAUCCCUUAUCAGCAGUUGUUCAGUGUGCAGAUUCGGUUAUAUCGACUCUGAGUACACUCACUCAAGAUUCUUCGACAAUCGUACACAGGGAAAAGUUUAACGAUGAUAUAAACACGUGCAUUGACUCUCUACACACCAUCGUGUCUUGCUCUCUACAUCAAAAAAGAAUUAUCGAUGACGUGCUUACGCUUUCCAAACUUGACUCCAACCUACUUCUUAUAACGCCAGCCCGAGUCCAACCCGCGUUAGUGGUUUCCGAUGCGAUCAAAAUUUUCGAAGCUGAAUGCAGGAUGUUACAACUACGUUUGAAUUUCGAAGAAGAUGAAAGUUUGAAGGACUUUCAGUGGGUAAUGAUGGAUCCAUCGCGUUUGCUGCAGGUUCUAUUCAAUAUUCUAAGCAAUGCAAUAAAAUUCACUAAAGGCCGUGAAAACCGGAGCAUUACAGUAACACUCGGCGGUUCCUUUGUUCCUCCGUCUCAAGAAUGGCAAACAGUCACGUUCGCCCAGAACAACCAACUCCGAGAUGAUAUAUGCGACGAGCAUGAAUGGGGAAGCGGCAUCAAAGGAUUUGUUUGGUUGAAGGUGCACGAUACUGGUUGUAGAAUGACCCAAAUGGAGCAAGCUCGAUUGUUCUUCAAGUUCUCUCAAGCUACACCCCGAACGCACAUCAAGUAUGGCGGUUCCGGACUAGGUCUUUUCAUCUCAAAAUCAUUGGUCGCUCUUCAAGGAGGAUCCAUUGGCGUCAGUUCUGAGCCCUCUGUCGGAUCUACGUUUGCUUUCUACGUAAGCGUUCGCAUUGCCGAAGAAACUGAGCGCAAGAGCAUCAGUCACUCAUACCGACGCAUCCCUACUCUUGAAUCAUCCACGGAAGAAGCGAUGAGGGAAGCAAAAGUGAGUGUUCUCAUCGUGGAAGACAAUUUGGUAAAUCAGAAAGUGCUCGGCAAACAGCUGAAAAAUAUGGGGUGCAAUGUUAGUGUAGCAGGUAAUGGUGUAGAGGCACUGGACUGGCUCAAACAAAGUACCUGGUGGCGUGGGCAGGGAGAAAAGGCUAGAAAAACAGACUCAUGGACACCAGACCUACCUCAGACCUCCGUUCUGAACCAACAUCUCGACAUAAUACUCAUGGAUGUCGAAAUGCCGGUGAUGGACGGCCUCACUUGCACUAGAAAUAUUCGCGAAUACGAGCGACAGGGCCUUGUCUCAGCACCACAGCCCAACUCUGAAUCACUCCUACAAUCAGAGCCCAAAUCUUCACCUCACACCAGGACUCCCGUGCUCAAUUUCACAGACUCUGUGCCACAUAUACCAAUUAUUGCUGUCAGCGCAAACGCAAGGAGUGAACAAAUCUCGGAAUUUCUCUCCGCUGGGAUGGACGAUGUGAUAACCAAACCCUUCAGGAUCCCUGAGUUGUGGCCCAAGAUUGCAGGAUUGGUACCUAGGUGUUCAUGA